GAUGAUGAUGAUGAUGAUGACGACGAAGAAGAAGAUUCCCUGCGCAAAAUGAGAAUAAAUGUGUGUCUUUCGUCUCUUUUAUUUCUACAGUGAUUUCACAAGUAUUUAUUUUCGGCGGGAGAAUUGCGAGUUGUCUGUAACGCAGUAAAACUCCAGGAAACAAGUGAAAUCUGUGUGACACUGUUGUAAAGAUGUUUAUUAAAGAGGAGAGUGAAGAUAUGGCUUAUCCAGAAGCAUGCAGAAUUAAAACCGAACACACUGACGAACAAACAGAGGAAAAUCAAGAGCCAAUUGAAGUGAAAGAAGAAAGUCAAGAACUGAUUGAAUUGAAGGAGGAACAUCAGUAUCAGAAUCCUCAUCAUUUCAUAACUGGAGAAACAUCUGUGAGUUCCUCACAUACUGAGAAGAAUUCCCCACAAAACAAAACUCAAGCCAAAAAUUCCUUCCCAUGCCCGCACUGUGGAAACAGUUUUAAACAAAAACAAAAUCUUAACAAGCACAUGAGAAUUCACACUGGAGAGAAGCCUUUCAUGUGCCAUCACUGUGGAAAGAGUUUCACACGGAAAGGAAGUCUUACCCAGCACACGAAAAUUCACACUGGAGAGAAACCUUUCACGUGUCUUCAGUGUGGUAAUAAAUUCACACGGAAGGAAAAUCAUAACAAGCACAUGAAAAUUCACACUGCAGAGAAGCCUUUCACUUGCCGUCAGUGUGGAAAGAGUUUUAGUCGGAAAGAUGGUCUUAACAUGCACAUUAAAGUUCACACUGGAGAGAAGCCUUUCACAUGCCAUCAGUGUGGUAAUAGUUUCAGGUCUAAAGCAUACCUUAAAGUGCACAUGAGAACUCACACUGGAGAGAAGCCAUUCACUUGCCGUCAGUGUGGAAAGAGUUUUAGUCGGAAAGAGGGUCUUAACCUGCACAUUAAAGUUCACACUGGAGAGAAACCUUUUACAUGCCAUCAGUGUGGUAAUAGUUUCACAUCUAAAGCAUACCUUAAAGUGCACAUGAGAACUCACACUGGAGAGAAGCCAUUCACUUGCCGUCAGUGUGGAAAAAGUUUCACGACUGGAGGAAACUUUAAUGUGCACAUGAAAAUUCACACUGGAGAGAAGCCUUUCACAUGCCUUCAGUGUGGAAAGAGUUUCAUUAAUAGAGGAAACUUUCAUGCACACAUGAGAAAUCACACUGGAGAGAAACCUUACAUAUGCUUGCAGUGUGGAAAAAGUUUUUCACGUAAAGAAGGCCUUGACAUGCACAUGAGAAUUCACACUGGAGAGAAACCUUAUAAAUGCCAUAAAUGUGGAAAGAGUUUCAGUUGGUCAAGCGCCCUAAAACACCAUGAGAGAUUGCCUCAUUUUAUGCCUGGAGUCAAGGGCGUAGUUUUUGUUUGAAUUUUGUGGGUGUGGGUUGUUUCAUUACAGCACAUUACACAGUGCAUAAUAAUUGUUUACAUUAAAUAAAUAGAAAUUGAUAUUCAUAGCAUACUUUAUACUUCUUCAAAUUCAUUAAUAGCAUACAAGUUUUUGUGUAUUGUGUAUCAUAUAAAACAUUCUUCCCAUUACAAAAUCUAAAUUCUUACGUGUUCAUAUGAAAUGUCUGACUGGCUACAAUCCCCAAUGUCAUAGCCAGAAAAAAACAACUAAUAAUUUCUUUGAACACUUUUAACAUCUCCAUUGAACACAUGACUUGUAUUACACAUGCUAUAGACCAUUUCAAGAUGGCUUAAGGAAGUGAUAUCUUUUUGUUCCCUGAACAUUUCCUGCUAGUAGUCUAACUCGGACUGCGUUCCAAAUGGGAUAAAUCACCCUCCGAAGGGCACUUUAAAUGGAGAACAAUCAUGAUAGUCAAGCUGUAAGAACGCUUGUAAUCGCAUGCUGUAAGAACUGAAUUUCAAAAAAAAUUACUUAAAAAGUGAGAUCUGAAUGACCCUUAUUUUUUAGCUCCACACCUUUUAGCCUUUCAAAUCUCUCACAGUAGAUGGUAAAGUCUUCGAAGUGAAUAGGGAUGAUCACUUCUGAAUGGAACACCCUCAUUCCAAACAACAGUGGGCGGUGCUUCACUCAUAGUGACUUUAACACUAUAAUAAACUCUACAAGUAAUUCACUUUUACAUUUAGUCAUUUAGCAGCAGAUGCUUUUAUCCAGAAGAAAGAAGAGACAAGGUAAGUAUUUUUAGAAUUGAAAAAUAAAUCAUUACCUUGUCUGCAGGUCAUGCAGACAGCUUCAUUGAACAUCUUCAUUGAUUUUAAUAGAAACUAUUUAGUAUUCUAUUUCAUUGCGUCUUGCAUAGACGCUCUGUAUCAACAACACAUCUGGAUAAGUCACUUCAGGAUUAAUGUUUAAUGUUCUUUGCUAAAAUAUUUUAUCUCGAGAGUUAAAGGAUCCAGUAAUGAUACCGGAAAUGCUUAUGGAUAGGGUUGGGAACCGAGAACCGGAUGUUGUUCAGAACCAGUUCCAUUCUUUAAAAAAAUACCGGUGUUGUGUCGAAGUCUGUUUCUCCAUCGGAUUCUGUUUCCCCCUAGCCCGGCCCCUGUCCAAACGACGAAGGAAAUGCGUGUUCCCAAAAAGCUCGCCCCCGAGAUGCUGUGCUCGUACCACUGAGGCCUACGGGGAGCGCUAAGGCUCAAAACUAGAGUUUUUAACGAGCUUAAAAACUAUGUAGAAUGUUGUAUUCUAUAAGUGAAAGGCAAAUUUCAUGACUGUCUAGUUAUAUUUUGGAAAUGGGGUAACAGAACCUAUGUUUCAUUGCAUUUUUUAUGUCUUUAUGAACACAACCACCUACUGUUAUUUCUAUCAAUAAAUAAUAUUAUAUUUGUGAGAGUUUUCAUUUUGAACAUUGUAGACUUUUGGAAUAAAUGUGUGCUCACUCACAUAACUAUGAUUUUAUAGGCUAAAUAUGUGACCGUUCUCACAUAUUUCUCUUUUUUCCCCCUUAGCCCAGCAUUUUUUAAAAUUAUUAUUAUUAUUAUUUUUAGAAAUGCAAUUGCGUGAUUUGGCCACAAGAGUGCUCCUUUGUCCACUUUAGUUCAGCUGUUUACAGUAAACUAAAUCUGAUGGUUUUCUGUCCCAAUAAGUACACUUUCACUGCAAUUUACUGAGAAAAGUUCAAAAGAAAAUGUAGAUAAAAAAAAAAAAAUAACAUCACACAGUUGUCUGUAGUGCAAGAACAUUUUAACAUUUGCAUUAUAAUGUAAACAUCAAUGUUAAUUCCUUUACCAAUAUUAGCUUGAGGAAUAAUAGUGUUUUUUAAGCCAGUGCUUCAGUGCUUGCCACUUCGGGGGGACUAUUUAGGGUACAAGAGUGAUAUCCCCAAGUUUACUGAAGGUCCCAAUGGUAAAUUAAGCUGCCAGUACGGAAACUGUUGUGUCAAUAGCAGAUACAAUGUACAUACAGUAAGUAAAUGUAACGCUCUUGUUAUUUGUGACUGGUAUUUUAAGCCUCGCACAAAAGAGUAAAUUCCUGACCUUAGGAAUGCAUGAGUGAUGAUAAUUUUGAUUCAAAUGCACAAUUAGUAGCUUCAUCUGAGCUCUUCAACUCACAAGCACUUACCAAAAACCAUCCACUACCUUACAAUUUCUGCUGGUGUUAAUCCUGAACAAAAUAUUUAAAGAAAACUUGGAAAGAAUAUUGGCAAAACAUUUUUUGCUCCCCAUGAUGGGAAGGCUUUGGAAAUAUCCUAAAGUAUUAACAGUAAAGAUUGUCAACAAAUAUAAACCUAUGUCUCUGAAGAAAUUGUUCUAUGAAAUGAUCCCAACACAGGGACUAUGGCUUGUAAUUCUUGGAGAAAUCUUAAUGGAAAUUGAAAUACUGGCACUUACAUGAGUAAAUGGGUAAAACAGACAUUAUUAAAUCAUUUAAAAUGACAUUGAGUUUUUAAGCUCGUAGUUUUGAGACUUAGCGCUCUCCGUAGACCUCAGUGGUACGAGCACAGCAUCUCGGGGGCGAGCUUUUUGGGAACGUGCGCUUCCUUCGUCGUUUUGACGGUGGCGGGGCUAAACAGAAUCUGAUGGGGAAACAGACUUCGACACAACACCGGAAUCGGAUGAUCUUUGUGACUUUUCGGUUCCAUUAAAGGUUCUCCUGGGUGCAGUUUUCCGCCCACACGGCUGGAACAGCAUCUUGAAAUAGUCUGACAGUGUUUCCAGCAGCACUGCCCUCUACUGACUCUACAGCUAUCAGUAGCGUUCUAAUUUUAGUCAUUUGUUAUUGUUUACAUAUAGCUAAAUAAUAUUGGCAGGUUUACAUGUGUUCUUUAAGACAUUAAGGCAUAACUUUCAAGUUAUUUUUGAAAUGUGUAUUGAGAAAGAUAUUACAAAUAAAAAUAACUUGACCUGAUCUCUGGACUUUUCAAUAGUUUUUGUUUGUUUUAUUUCAUGAACGACAUCUUCACAUGAUAAACUGGCCUACCCUGCGGUCUACCCCUGUUGACUGGAUGUUCACACUGAAAGCUUCACUUGACCUCAGAACGUUCAGACAUCAACAAUACAAUGGGUAUCUAAACCAGAAUUGGGGUGUCCGUCAACUGAAGGCGUGAUGUGGUGUGACGCUACGCAAAGGGUGCUUCCAGUGUGAACAUCCUCGUUGAUUAUAAUGGGAGCCAUUUAGUUAAAAGUAAGAUUGUGUUUUUACUAACUUGUUACACUGAUAAUUGUGGGACUAAAUUGCAAUGCAGUAGUUAGCUAGUUAUUUUUAGUCUAAAAAUAAGAAACCUUCAGAAAACAGGUGUGUGUGUUACAGACUGAUGAUCCAUCCAAAAAUGAACAUUUCUAGUAAAGUCUUUGAAGGGAAUAGGACACAGGGAUGAUCACUUCUGAAUGAAA